AGUGGGUAUAAUGGGAGAACAGAAGAAAACCCAGACAUGAGCCGUAUGGUGACUCUGCAUGGAGUAGAUUUGGAUUCCCACCAUAUGACUCUCCCUCCAGGUGGAACGCUGCCAUCAUGGGCCAGUGUAAUUUUUCUCCAGACGCUGUGAGAUUACAGAUGUUCUGUGCUGGGAAUAAAACACCAGUGUAACACAUUAUUGCAGGCUAGACAGCUUGGCUAAAUCACCACACUUCCUAGCGAAGACAGUUGCAAGGCAGAAGCAGAGGAGAAAGAAGGGACUCAGGUAGAGCAAGAGUACAUUAAAGACCUCAAGACCUACCUAAAAACUCCUCAUCUUUAAGGGAUAUGAAACAUUUUGGAGGAUUUGCACUUUUGUGCCUAUGGAUGGUGGAGGCUUUAGAAAAUUGCCCAGAAGCUUGCAAAUGCAGCCAAAAAAGUAACGUGGAGGGAACAGAAGUUAACUGUUAUAAACAGAGACUUCAAGAAUUUCCAUUAACAUUCCCACCAGACUCAUGGAUCUUAAAAAUGGGUGGAAACAUAAUCCAGGAACUUCCAGCAAACGUCAUAGGAUCUCUCGCCAAACUUGAGAGUGUAAAUCUGGAACGCAAUUCGAUUAACUCUAUAAACCCCCAGGCUUUUUCUGGUGCCAGCAGACUGAUGCUUCUCAACCUGAAUGGAAACCAGAUAACCAGCCUCCCCUCAAAAGGCUUUAAAGACCUUCUCAACCUCCGUUUUCUCAUGUUGGGCCAAAAUCAGAUUGCCAGUGUCAAAUCUGACAUGUUCUUUGGUAUGAGAAAUCUCUCCGAUCUAGACCUGCCCAUGAACUCUCUUACCACACUUCCACCUAAUGCCUUCAAACCCCUCAUCGCUCUCAAAGUGCUGGAUCUCGCCUUAAACCAUAUCCAAAAAAUCUCCCCAAAAGCUUUCUCUGGGCUUGAGGAGUUGCUCUUUCUCAAUUUAGAUAACAAUAAGCUGAAGAACAUCCAAGCUGGGACUUUCAAGACUGUAAACAACCUGGAGAUGUUGGUGCUGGAUAAUAAUUUUCUUUCUACAUUAAGUUCAUCCAUGUUGGAGGGUUUGUCCAAUCUACAGGAGUUCUAUGUGAGGAAAAACAGGAUCGAGAGUCUGCCAGCUGAUGUAUUCCGCCAUACCCCUAAGCUUACCCAGGUGGCACUGAGCGGGAAUCAACUUCACACGAUUGAUGGGAAUAUGUUGGCCAACAUUCAGGGACUGAAGCAUGUCUAUCUACAUGACAACCCAUGGAAAUGUGACUGCAACAUCAACUCUCUGCUGCAAUAUAUAGAUCAAAAGCAGGUGAAUCCUGCUUCUCUGGAGAAGCUGUGGUGUGUUAGCCCCGAGGAACACCGUGGCAAACCUAUUCACAGACUGAAAUCUGAGGGCCUUCACUGUGAUGCCUAGUUACACUCAGUCUCCUCUGAUAUCAUGAUAGUAUAAAUGCAUGAGACUUUAUGUAAUUGAAAGGUAAAACUAUACAUAAAUGUCAGCACAAUGACUUUGACAAGACAAUGACUGGGGAACUGUUGCUGCACAUAAUUGCUAUUAUUUCUUUCUCACACAAGCCUGUUAUUUUUAGACCACCUGGAGCUGCAUAUUACUACACCAUAUGCUCACUUCUGGUAUCGCGAAUCUUUCUUUCAUG